UUCUGUAGGAAAAUAUUAUCAUGAUACUGUGUUAUUAGCAUUGUAACGCAAAAAUUAACAUAUUCCAAGUUCUCAAGAAUUUACAUUAUCAAGAAAACGACAAUGCUGCCUCGAGUAAGAAAUUAUCUCGUUAACGAAGGCGCCAAACUGCUGAUUCUGGUGUUGUGGCUUGGAGUCAACACUAUCUUAUUUUACUUCACGUUUAUCUAUUAUUACUACGGACCACAAUUUUAUUAUCUUCACCAGAUGCUCGGGUAUGGAUUAUGCAUCAGUAGAGCAACUGCGGCAUGCAUUAAUUUAAACGCAUGUGUGAUAUUAUUGCCAAUGUGUAGAGGUAUUUUACGGAUAUUGAGAAGUUUUCCUUGGGUUUGCAGGCAAUGCAGAAGACUAAUGGACAAAAGCAAAUCAUUUCACAUUGCUUGUGCGUAUAUGCUGUGUUUAAUGUCAGCAAUACACUGUGGAGCUCACGCUUUUAACGCUGUGAAUUUUAGUACAUACUUCAAUACGAGAUUUCUAGCAAUCAACGUUGCAGCUUUUGCCAAUCAGAGUCCUAUAAUAAUUGUUGCGACGUCAGUUCCUGGUGUGUCCGGUGUUCUGAUGGUCGCGUGCUUGCUAACAAUAGCCGUGACGGCUUCAGGCCCGUUGAGACGAGUAAAUUAUCGAAGAUUUUGGAAGACUCAUCAUUUAUUCAUUUUGUUCUAUGCAUUGCUUCUGAUACACGCAUGCAGUGGAAUUUUAAAAUACCAAUCCAAUACAAAAGAACAUAUUCCUGGAUGUUUUGUAAAGUACCAAGAAAAUGGGACAAACUGGACCACAAUAUUCCCUGUUCCUGAAGCUGAAUCGCCUAGUGUGGUAGCAGAAAUGAAAUCGCAAGGUUCUGGUGUAAUUUUAAACCCCAUUCCCGAAACAGAAGACACAUUUCGUCAUCCUAUGCCGGAAACAAGCUCCAACAAUCUUUCUCGUCCCGAACCAGAGCACCAUCCUUGGCCAGAGAAAAAGAUUUAUGUGAUUCCCGAAGCGGAACCCCAUCAUCCUAUGCCAGAAGUUGGACCUGAACCCGGAUUGCAACCAUGUGAUCAACCGGACCCAGUUUUCAAAUCCUGUGCUACGGAGGCAUGGAUGUGGAUAAGCGUUCCCUUACUCUUGUAUAUUCUGGAAAGAAUCUCUCGUUAUAUUGGAUUUUCUAAAGCUCCCCUAGAAAUUGUCAGCGUAAAGGAACACCCGAAUAACGUCAUCGAACUCGAGUUUUACCAGAAAAAUUUUGUAGCAAAGCCUGGACAGAGCGUGUGGCUGCGUUGUCCUGAAAUAUCGUUCGCAGAGGAACAUCCUUUUACUUUAACGUCACUUCCUAAUGAAUCAAACCCAAAUUUUACGAUACAUAUGCUUGUACGCGGAGAGUGGACAACAAAAGCAAAAAAUUUAAUUCUCAACGGAUGUUCGGAAUUUUCAUUGGAAAAAAAAGAAACUCGAUUUCUCAACUCUAGAGCCGAUCAUACUUGCGUGCUCGAUUUGUCUUCUUCCGACGAGCACAAUAAAAUUCCGCUACGCAUGGGUGGAUUCUCUCAAAAUGAACACACGAGAGAAUUGAAAACGAGUGUUAACUCUCGAAUUGGAAACAAUAAAGAAACAUCAACUGUUGGAUUGUCUUGCCCAUAUUCUUCUGACACAUUAAAAUCAAAUGAAAACAAUAAGGCUUCCACACAAAUUAAAUUCGAAUUUAAAAAAUCACCGGAAUGUCCAAAAUUUUAUGCACAUGGUCCAUACGGCAGUGCUAUGCAAGAUGUUUUUCGAUACGACGUGUCACUAUGCAUUGCUGGGGGAAUCGGUAUUACGCCAUUUGCAGCUGUUCUCAACACAAUAUCACAAAAAGAGCAUGUACUAAAAAAAUCAAAACUCAGGAGAAUUUAUUUAAUCUGGAUUUGUAAAACUGUCAAAUCGUUUGAGUGGUUUGUUGAGUUAAUAAACUCAGUCAAUAGACAGCUUUGGGAUGCAAAUUUACCAGAUGUAUUGAAUGUUUACCUACAUGUAACAUCGUCAAAUCUCGAAGAGCAGGAGAGUCUUCAUGGAAUUCAACUCGAGCGAAGUCGGCUCCUUCUCGGACGUCCGAACUUCAAGGAAACGUUUCGAGAAUUGUCAGUUCGACAUCAAAAAUCAUCAAUUGGUGUGUUCUGCUGUGGCCCAAGAUCGCUAAAUAACGCAGUAAGAAAACAAUGUGUACAAUCAAGCUCAAAAAAGAAAGUAAAAUUCAUCUUCAACAAAGAAUCAUUUUAAUUUAAUAGCGUAGGCCUAAGAAUUCAAAACUGAAUUCAACUAACACGAUUAUCUUGAUUAUUUCAUCGCGUUGAAAGAAAGUAUGUCAAAAAAGCUUAUAGCAUAACAUAUUUCAUUUGUUCCAUUUUGAGUUGAAGAACAGUAUUUUUCUUUAUUGUUUCAUUUUUAUUUUCCAGUAUGCUCCAAGCAAAUGAGUAGACUAUUUAUACGAUAUUUCUUCAUUUUUUUAUCAUUUCAAUCAAAAUAUUUAUAAUGAUCAAGUGUCAAAAACAAUAGAGCAAACAAUAUUAGUACAAUGCACUCAGCAGUAAUUUAAGUCAAAAUAUGUUCUGGAUGUUGCUUCUAAUAGGACUUUUAGUUUUGAUUUGAUUACUCUUCUGAAGUAAGCAUUCAUGAUUAUUCUCCAGGUGUAUUUAUUCAUAUUGUAUAUUUUCACUAAUAAGUGAAUUUUUGCUAUACUGCCAGUUAUUUUUUUAUUCAUAUUUCAUCUAAAAUUCAUUUUUCAUCCACCUUUUCAUAUUUUUGUUAAUACUACAGUUCACUAUUUCUUCAAUAAAUUUUCACUACAGAA